AUGUCUUCACGGACAGCAACUACAGCAAGGUUACUGCAACAAUCGCAUCGCUCUUCUGUCCGUAUCCUCCGUCCUGUCCGUACCCGGUCCUCCUCCUCGUUCUCGACGUGUUGUCCUGCGUGGUCGGGACCGCUCGCAAUGACUACUCAACCACCAUCUACACUCCCUCCGUCGCAAAACCGCCAUUACAGCUCCCUACCCACUAGUGAUACACCUACCAAACCCAUCUUUGCCGAAGAUGUGAAUCCAGAACAAUUAUCGGCGCCACUGCAAUCAUUACUCGAGGAGAAACAAUGGAAUCUCGAUGAAGAAGGGAUGGGUGUCGCAAAGAUGUAUUAUUUCAAGACGUAUACCAAAUGCUUAGAUUUUACGCAAGUCGUCGGAAUUCGCAGUAAAUCGAAGAAUCAUCAUGCGACCAUCACUGUUAAAUCAGGUUCCGUCCGUAUACACUGGACGACCCACGUCCCUCGCGGUCUCACCCAGAAGGAUAUCGAUAUGGCGCAGUACUGCGAUCAACAAGCCGCGCUGAUCGGGACGGUUCCACAGGUGGAUUCUCAACCUGAAUCGUUGAGCGCGAAAGGCUCUUGGGAAAAAGGUACGGACGAGCCAGUUGUAUAUAUUAACUAUAUAUGGAACGACGACGGUCCAGUCAGCAUCGACAUCAAGAACAAAAAGCAACCGGCCAACCAUCCAAGCCCUCACUACAAUCAUGCUCCGUAUAUGUAG